GACAGAGUAGCGAUGAAAGAGAGAGAGAGAUGUACAUGAGUGUGUGUGUGUGUGUGUGUGACCCUGUGAAUAUGACAAAGAUAUGAAGAUGAAGCAGCAGGACUAAAGGUGGAUUGCACAGAGCCUUUCUCUCCCUGCAAGGGCUUGUCUGCAGUAUCCUUUGUAAAUGGAUGCUCGCUUGUGAACACGACUCUGAGGCCUUCAGUUGCUAGGGAGAUAUCCCACCACAGAAGAAGCAAAAAAGAUUUCAUCAGAAAGAUCAAGCAAAAGAAGCCAAUGAAGAUCUGAGGUAGAUGGUUGCAGAAGCAAAACAAAGGCAACGUACCAAAAGAGCCAUGUGGGAGGAGAGUAAAGCGGUUUUGCCAUUUGCACGCAUCAAGCCCUAAUCAUUUGUCUACUGAUAUACGCUUAACGAUCCCCAGCCCUCUUCCAGAGCUUCUCCUCAGGGGGAGCCCCUGCUAUGAACCCCAGCUCUGUUGGCUUCAGCAGGCAGUCCAACCUCAGUGCCAGGCGCUGUGUGGGCAUCCCACAAGUCUGGGUUCUGCCCACACAGGACUCACAGACUGCCCCUGAACAAAAAGAACAAAAUACUCCUGAGCCACUCCUCUGUGUGGUGGCUCUCCUGUCUAGUGUUAAAUUGGUCUUUUAUGAAGUUUUAGCUGUCGCUUCACCAGCAAGUUUAGUUAAAAGCCUCUACAACUCUUCCACCGACUCCUUUUAGGUCGCCACUUCGUUGUAAUUUGCUUUCCCAUCAAGCAGCAGAACGAGUUCCUUUGUGUUCACCACGUGGAGGAGGACCAUGGGAUGCCGUCAGAGCUCGGAGGAGAAGGAAGCGGCGCGGCGCUCACGGCGAAUCGAUCGUCACUUGCGCUCAGAAAGUCAGCGGCAGCGGCGUGAGAUCAAGCUACUGUUGCUGGGCACCAGCAACUCAGGCAAGAGCACCAUUGUCAAGCAGAUGAAGAUCAUCCACAGCGGAGGCUUCAACCUGGACGCCUGCAAAGAGUACAAGCCCCUCAUCCUGUACAAUGCCAUUGACUCGCUCACCCGCAUCAUCCGCGCCCUCACCACCCUCAAGAUCGACUUUCACAAUCCUGAUCGCGCCUACGACGCUGUGCAGCUCUUUGCCCUUACAGGGCCAGCUGAGAGCAAAGGGGAGAUCACUCUAGAGUUGCAGGGGGUCAUGAAACGUUUGUGGGCUGACUCAGGGGUCCAGGAGUGCUUUCAACGAUCCAACGAGUACCACUUAGAGGACAACACUGCCUACUACCUGAACGACCUGGACCGCAUCUCUGCUCUUGAGUACAUCCCAACUGUAGAGGACAUCCUACGGUCCCGUGACAUGACCACAGGCAUUGUGGAGAACAAGUUCACCUUCAAGGAGCUCACCUUCAAGAUGGUAGAUGUGGGUGGACAGCGUUCGGAGAGAAAGAAGUGGAUCCACUGCUUUGAGGGCGUGACUGCAAUCAUUUUCUGUGUCGAGCUAAGUGGCUAUGACCUCAAACUCUAUGAGGACAACCAGAUGAGCCGCAUGGCUGAGAGCUUGCGCUUGUUCGACUCCAUUUGUAACAACAACUGGUUUACCAACACGUCGCUCAUCCUCUUCCUCAACAAGAAGGACCUGUUGGCUGAGAAGAUCAAACGCAUUCCUCUGACAGUGUGCUUCCCUGACUACAAAGGUCAAAACACCUAUGAGGAGGCAGCUGUCUAUGUGCAACGACAGUUUGAGGACCUCAACCGCAACAAGGAGACCAAGGAGAUCUAUUCGCACUUCACCUGUGCCACUGACACCAGCAACAUCCAGUUUGUGUUCGACGCCGUCACGGACGUGAUCAUCCAGAACAAUCUCAAGUACAUUGGGCUAUGCUAGGACCUGAUGCUGGGGGGGUGUUGUGUGUGUGGGAGGGGGGGGGGUAAAGCGGCCUGCCGGUCUGCCUGGCAGUUUAUCCAUUUGAAGAGGUGCAACAGAGACCUGCAAAGGAAAUGAGGUACUAAGAUGGUCAGGGAUGGACGAUACUGUAGAUUUAAGUGUUUCAGGUGAAACAAAAGAGCUCAUGGGCCAUGGUCAAGAUGGGAUUUUUACCCAAUGUGUUUGCACUGAAUAUGAGUAUGCAGAGACACCCAAACACACACGCACGCAUGCUCACGCACGCACACGCACACACACAUACACACACACACACACACACACACACACAAAUCCUUAUGUUUGCUCACACACAAUAUCUUUGGAUCAACAGUCAAGCACUUGUUCGACAAGGCAACACUGGAAAUUUUAGACAGCUACCCCUACCUGCCUGCCAAACCUGAGGUAGUAGGUCUGUACUGUUGGUUUUCGGUUACUUUUGUCUCCUUUAUUUUUAUUUGCCAGAGUCAAUUAAUGCUGCUUUACAAGAAGGAUUUUUGACAGAAUCAAUGUUCUCUUUUGGAUCUUUGCCCUUACAAUGGUAACCAGUGAGUGCAUCUGAUGAGACGUGGGGAGAGCCUGCAUUUUAAAGGACAAAAAAAAAAAAUGUCAGUAGACAUGAUGUCACAGGGUUUCUGCCUACAAGAGGAAACUGCCACAGUGUAAAGCUGAAGUGAAAUAUGUUUUCCACACACUAUUUCUGUUUUGCCCCCUGGUCACCUCUCUAAUGUUGUUUUUUUUCCCCCUCUUACCUUUAUCGUUUUUUUGUGCUUUAAAAAAAGAAUGUCUCUCAAACCUGCCUUUCAUAGCAGGUCAGUUAUAAUACCAGGAGAGUGUUAUGCUCAGUAAAGUCAAAAGUAUUCUUUAUGAUCAUUCCAGUUUCCAGCAAGAGACAACAAAAACAGUGCCAAGAUCAAUUUGUAAAUAAAACCAGAUCCCAUUCAUUGAGAUAAUUUUUGUUUUGUUUGUAUGGACAAAUACAUUAAAACAUGCAUGAUUUUGUUACUUUGGGAUACUAAUAUAUUUUCUUUGGGAUUAUGUUCCUUUUUUCUUAGGUUUAAAUAAUAUAUUCCCAAAAAUAUAUAUAAAAGUCAAACACUGUGUACGAUUGUACAGUUGUCAGAGAGGAAUCUAUUGAAAAGAGUUAUAUCAAUAUAAUAAUGGUAAAUAUGGUGUUAUGAUGAAGAAAAAGAUGACUGAUGAUGAUGAUAGUGGUGAUGAUUACAAUAAUGUCAAGGAAAAUCUCACUACAAAGUUAGCGUGAGAGGAGAAAGUGGAUCAAAGGAGAACUGUAUACAAACAUGAAAACGAAGAAGCAAAUCUUGAAAGUUCCAUCUUCCUUGCAUUAUCUAAGUGGAAAUUGUUUAACAGCCAGUCAGUAUGAUGUGUAAAUAUACUGUAAGGUACACUCUUUGUUCAAACAAAUGAAAAUAAAGGUUGAGUUGGGAUACUGUAAGUGAGAUAAAGAGAGAGCGAGAGAAGGAGGACAACCCCACUCUACUCCUCCUCUUACCCUUUUUCAGUUCAGAGGGUGAUGUGCAAACAACUCAACAAAGGGCUUCAGGCUUGACUUUACGGGAUGUCCACUUCAACAAAAGACAAAACAUUUAAAUUAAAAAAAAGAAAGAAGAAGUAUAAAGAGGACAAUAACUAUGAAUAAAACAACUUAUGCAAAUUUC